ACCGCUUCCGCCGCCGCACAUCACCACCCAUUCACCACCGUGACGCGUCAAUUGCCCGCCGGACAACACAUUCACUCGUUCUAUCACCAAAUCACUAUACUACUCCGUCAUCAGAGAUCACCCUGUAGCAGCGACUGUGACUCGGCGACCGCUGAGCACGCCAAACAUCCCCUGCAACCAUGGAUCUCUCCGAAUCGCAGACCACAUUCCCGUCUGAUAGCGAAAACUACGAUGCGAACCACUCGAACCAAGACUCUUCCGAAGAGCCCAUAUCAGACACGUCAAGUCCCAUGAUCCUCUACUCGCCGCCCACCUUCUGGAGCAUAUUGCGAGGCGCGGCGAUCAACUUACUCCUGCCCUUCGUCAACGGACUGAUGCUGGGAUUUGGAGAGCUGUUUGCACAUGAGGCGGCAUUCCGGUUAGGAUGGAGUGGGACGAAGAUAUUCCCCAGCCACAGGAUAGGGCACAAAGUAGGACCUGGCGUGGAAAUGAGAGAUGACCCGAUCGAGAGGAGACGGAGAAGUGGGCAAGAAAUGGAUGCAUACACUUCACUAGAAUAGACGGAUGAUGGAUCACAGAUGAAUCUACACUGCAAAUGGAAAUCUGAGUGUACAUAGAGAGUAUUAGACUCUCCGCUGAAAGCCGCUCGGCAAGAUACGAGAGAUCACGACGGAAUCACGCCCAAAAGAGAUCGUGUUUCGAUACAAACAAAGGCAGCAGCAGACCCUCGGCACAACACUAGAACUACAAGCGCCAGCUAACCAGACGUGGCAGUCUCAAAUGAAUUCAGCAACAAACGAACCACGCGACUUUGCAGUCAGUCAUCAACCUGAGAUAAGGCUGAUGGAAUAACAGGAUGCGACGUGUAUCGCAUUGCACAUGCCAUUCGAAGAGAUUGACAUGGCAAUCCCGCACUGACUUGGUCCGCAGACGGAUGAUCACACCACAGACUUGCCUAUGAAGUUCGUGUAAUCGACGAUCAGCGAAAGGUCGCUCAAAACAAUCAACC